AAAAGAGAGACCGCGGGCGGCAGGCGGAAGUGGGCGGUUCGGCGGCUCGGGGCGCUGGUGCUAGGGCUUUGAGGCCUCUCGGGCGAGGGGCGUUCUCUGGCGGGCUGCCGGUGCAGGCCGCAGUGACGGGGCCGCUCGGUCCCUGCACACCCCGCCGCCUUCUUCCCGGUGCAGCGUCCGCUCGCGGCCUCCGCGGCCUGCAGGCCCCAACAUGGCGCAGGAGGAGGUGUCGGAGUACCUGAGCCAGAACCCGCGGGUGGCCGCCUGGGUGGAGGAGCUGCGCUGCGAGGGCGAGACUGACAAACACUGGCGUCACCGCCGCGAGUUUCUGCUCCGGAACGCCGGGGACCUGGCUCCCGGGAGCCCGGCUGCCGACGGCGCCGAGAGCGGGAGCCGUGCCCGGCAGCUGCAGCAGCUCGUCUCCUUCUCCAUGGCCUGGGCCAACCACGUCUUCCUCGGGUGCCGGUACCCUCAAAAAGUUAUGGAUAAAAUACUUAGUAUGGCUGAAGGCAUCAAAGUGCCAGAUGCUCCAGUCUAUACAACAAGAGAUGAACUGGUUGCCAAGGUGAAGAAAAGAGGGAUAUCGAGUAGCAAUGAAGGGGUAGAAGAACCGUCCAAAAAACGUGCCAUAGAAGAAAAAAACAACUCUACAGUUGAGCAAGAUCAUGGCAAAAUUUCGGCCAGAACAGAACGUGGGUCGUCUCAGCAGGAAAACAGAGCAGCAGGUUCAUCCAGCAGGGCCGAGAGUGGUGGGAACUCGGCUCGGAGCACUGGCACCUGCGGUCAGAGCAGCUCGAGCAGUGCUGGUGAUGGGUCUGGUUCCAGCCAGAGCACUGGUGCUUCCUGUCAGGUAACCGUAGGAACUGGAAAAGCCGAGUCAGAAGCGACAGAUAAACACGGGUCAGCGUCGUUUGUUUCUUCCUUGUUGAAAGCUAGUGUGAAUAGUCAUGUGACCCAGGCCGCUGAUCCCAGACAACAGAGUGAGUCACCUAACAAGAGUGCUUUAAAGGAGGGCUCUUCGGUUCCUGCUCUGCAGUGCAGUUCAGAGGUGGAGGUGCCCUUGUUGGGGGCUUCCGGAAGCUCAGAAGUAGAGUUGCCCUUGUUGUCUUCUAAGCCUGGUGCAGAGACAGCUGCAAGUGGGUUAACUUCUAAAACCAGUUCAGAGGCAAGUGUUUCGUCAUCGGUUUCUAAAAACAGUUCCUCAUCAGGAUCAUUGCUGACGCCCAAGAGCAGCUCCUCAACAAACACAUCUCUGCUAACCUCCAAAAGCACUUCCCAGGUAGCUGCAGCCUUGCUAGCUUCUCAGAGCAGCUCCCAGCCCAGUGGGUCCCUGGUUUCUAAAAGCACUUCCUUAGCAAGUAUAUCCCAGCUGGCCUCUAGGAGUAGUUCUCAGAGUAGCACCUCCCAGUUGCCUUCUAAAAGUACUUCACAGUCAAGUGAUAGUUCUGUCAAGUUCUCUUGCAAGUUAACCAAUGAGGAUGUGAAGCAGAAGCAGCCUUUCUUCAAUAGACUGUAUAAAACGGUGGCCUGGAAGUUGGUAGCUGUUGGAGGCUUCAGUCCCACUGUGAAUCAUGGGGAGCUCCUCAAUGCAGCUAUCGAGGCACUAAAAGCCACCCUGGAUGUGUUUUUUGUCCCAUUAAAAGAACUGGCAGACCUGCCUCAAAAUAAGAGUUCUCAAGAAAGUAUUGUUUGUGAAUUGAGGUGCAAGUCUGUGUAUUUGGGCACUGGUUGUGGAAAAAGUAAAGAAAAUGCAAAAGCAGUUGCAUCAAGAGAAGCAUUGAAGUUGUUUCUGAAGAAAAAGGUGGUGGUAAAAAUCUGUAAGAGGAAAUAUAGAGGCAGUGAAAUCGAAGAUCUAGUACUUCUCGAUGAAGAAGCAAGACCUGUCAACUUGCCUCCAGCAUUAAAACAUCCUCAAGAAUUACUGUAAUGUGCCCCAAAUAAAACUGCACAUAAGAUCUGAUAUUUGAAGGAAAAAACUGGCUUACUUUUGUAUAAUAUGAAAGAUAGGCUUUCACAAAUUUUUGUAUUGCUUUUUUCCAAUUUUGCAGAAAAUUUACAUUCUAGUUCUCUUCACACAGUAGAGGUUGUAAAUAGUUUAUGAGUGACAGUGUACAGUAGAAGGUGUGCAUUAACAGCAUACCAAUAUGCUGUUUUAUUUGCUGAAGAAUAUACUGUCUUCUAUUUUUAAUGAUACAUUAGGUACGAGGACAUGUAGUUCUAGUCUUGAAAAAAGAUUUUGUACUUUGAAUUUGGUGAAAAUGUAUUAAGUUGUUAACAUGCUUUUUUUCCCUAGCUGAAUAAACCACAUCAAAGGGACCACAGUAUUCGACUGUCUGAAAAUCUGAAGCUUAAGGUUUUAAGAAUGUUGCCCAUAACAUUAGGCUUGUCUGUUAAAGGAAAAAUAGCUGUCUCCGACUAUUUUUAUGAAAAGUUGUAAGCAUUUUGAGAUACAAAGCAGUAUAAAGUACCUAUUGUUAUUUUAUUCUGAAGUUGUUUAAAAUUCACCAUGAUUUUGACCGCUGCUGAUUCUUGAAGCGGAUUAAUUUAUGUUUUGAGGUAAAAAAUAAAAAUAAAAAAUUUACACUUUUUCUUAGAGACAUAAAUGUGGGUUUCUAUAACAAGCCUAUUUUGUGACUACUGUUAACAGAUUGAUUUGUUUAGAUAUUAAAUGCUUUAAGCUAUUUUACAUUUGCAA